AAAAACACAACUUUUCACAUAAACAAACGUUUUAAAAAAAAUUUAAACUCACAAAAAUAAUUUAAAACAAUCUAUAAAAAAUGGAUCAAAAAAUUAAAAUUUUAGUUAGCGGUGAUGUUAAUGGUAAUUUCAAACAACUUUUCACCCGAGUCGAAUCGAUUAACAAAAAAGCGGGACCAUUUGAUUUACUUUUAUGUUGUGGUGAAUUCUUUAGUCCAACUAACAAUGAUGAAUUAAUUGCAUAUAAAAAUGGAUUUAAAAAUAUUCCAGUGCCAACUUAUAUUCUUGGUCCAAAUACAGAAGAAACGGCCAAAUUCUAUGAAGACAUUGAAGAAAAUGGUGAUAUUUGCACCAAUUUAACUUUCCUAGGUAAAAGAGGUCUUUAUACCCUUUCGUCAGGAGUUAAAAUCGCUUAUCUGAGUGGUUUUCAAGGUUCAGGAGCCAACACAUUCAACAAAGAUGAUGUCAUGGCUGUACGCAAUUCCUGUUUAGUCAAUAAGACCACUGCAACUGAUUAUAAAGGGGUUGACAUUCUUAUUACAUCUCAAUGGCCUCAUGGAAUUGCUGGUCAAGAAAAUAACACAUCAAAACUGAUCUCAUACCUUUCGAAAGAGAUAAAGCCUCGCUACCAUUUUUGUGGCAUAAAUGGAAUUUACGAGGAACCAAAACCUUACAGAAUUCCUGCCGAUAGCACAACUCAAUUCGAGCUCUGCACCCGCUUCAUAGCCUUAGCUAAUGUAGGCAAUCCAACAAAGCAAAAAGCAGUCUAUGCCUUGAGUUUGUGUCCAGUUGAAAAGAUGAGAGUCAUGGAUUUAAUCCAAAAAACCACAACCGAGACAGCAUGUCCAUUUGUGGGCAUGAAUUUCGAUGAUUGUAAAGGCAAACAACAAAUGGACGACGGGAAACAAUACUUCUAUGACCUAAAUUCAAAUUCAAACGAUAAUCGAAAAAGAGGACGCAAAGGAUUUGGAUACGAUGGUCAAGAAAAACGACAAAAACCGACUUUCGAUCAAGAAAAAUGUUGGUUCUGCUUAUCAUCGCCUGAUGUUGAAAAACAUUUGGUCAUUUCAGUUGGAGAUAGUUUUUACCUUGCUUUAGCCAAGGGUCCCAUCAAUGAUUAUCAUGUCCUUAUUCUCUCAAUCACACACAUACAAUCAGCUGCACUUCUAGCAGACUCAGAUUGGGCUGAAUUAAUUAAAUUCAAGGAAGCUAUAAGAGAAUUCUUCAAAGAACAAGGUCAAACAGUGUGCUUUACAGAACGCAACUAUAAAUGCUCACAUUUGCAAAUCAAUGCUUUGGGUAUUGAUGAAGGAUAUGCGUGGAAAAUUAAACAUGGUUUUGAAGAUAAAGCUGAAGAAUAUAAUAUUACAUUUGAUUCACUUCCUGAAAUUAAAGAACCAUCAGAAUUACCACAACGAGGACCAUAUUUUGUUGCUGAAUUACCCGAUAGAACGACGUUGUUGACACAAAAUAUGAAGCAAUUUCCAAUACAUUUUGCCAGGGAAGUAUUCUGCUCGGAAAAUCUAUUAAAUUGUGAUGAAAAAACUGACUGGAAAGAUUGCAGUCUUACCAAAGACGAAGAAAUCGAACUUGUUAAACAAUUUCGUGAGAAAUAUAAGAAAUUUGAUUUUACUUUAUAAGUGAAAACCAACAAUG